AAUAGCAGUCGCCGGUGCUGUUAAUAUUUGUCGGCGCGGGGCUCUGUGUUGAAGUUGUAGAUUGUAAAAAGUUUUGUUUGCUUUUUUUCUUGUCCAGAGAAAAAUCCACCAAAUGAACAAUGCCAGGCAAAGUGGGUGUCAAGAUUAAAGCUGGCAGGAAUCUGCCUGUUAUGGACAAAUCAUCGGACACAACAGAUGCCUACGUAGAAAUUAAAUUGGGCAAUGUGACACACAAAACUGAUGUCUGUAGAAAAAGUCUUAAUCCACAAUGGAAUACAGAUUGGUUUCGUUUUGAAGUUGAUGAUGCAGAGCUACAAGAUGAACCAUUGCAGAUACGUCUUAUGGACCAUGACACCUACUCGGCUAAUGAUGCCAUUGGCAAAGUAAAUAUUGGUUUAAAUCCCUUAUGUUUAGAAACUUCCGGCCAAACCACCCAAGGCAAAGGCACUGUCCUUUCUGGAUGGAUACCAGUGUUCGAUACUAUGCACGGCAUACGUGGUGAAGUCAAUGUCAUUGUCAAAGUGGAUUUAUUUUCAGAUGUUAACAAAUUUCGCCAGAGUUCCUGUGGCAUACCGUUCUUCCAUUCUCCCUGUAUACCUAUAGGUUAUCGUGCUCAAGUUAUUCAUGGUUUUGUAGAGGAGUUAGUGGUCAAUGAUGAUCCUGAAUAUCAGUGGAUUGACAAGAUACGAACACCUAGAGCUUCCAAUGAAGCUCGUCAGGUGGUUUUUCUGAAAUUAUCGGGUCAGGUUCAGCGAAAAAUGGGACUGAAAGCCAUAAAUAUGGGCGCCAAUGCUGUUAUAGCUUAUACGCAAUGCUUCGAUUUAGAAGGUGAUGUUGGCGUGGUGGCUCGUGGCAUAGGCACUGCUGUGACCUUGAUCAAAGACACUACUAAUCAACCAGCUUCGGCAGACAAUGCUUUAAUUGAAGAGUCUUUAAAUGAAAUCAAUGGCAGUGGCAGCUGUACUUCCAACAAUAAUAGUCCAAAUCUAAGAAGUUCUAUUUCGCCCAAUACAUCACUUAUGGAUGAAACGGUUACAGCGGGAAAUACGUUUGCUGCUCCUGCUGCUGGCAAUCGCAGUAAAAUGUCUCCUACACCUUCACGGACUGGUGCCGUAGUUACUCCCAUGAGUUUGCAAUCUCAAUCGGAUAGUCUAUCGUCGGCUACUACCGUAUCAACGGCUACAACAAUUAUUCCCAAAGAGGUGGGUGAAAUGGCUAGACGUUCUUCAGAUUCGGAUUUAAGUGUUACACCAAAAGGAAAUUCAUUUUGUGUGGCCAGUGAUCGUUUGAUGGCAGCAACAGCUAUGAUGCGUAUGGGUCCAGCUAUAGGUAAAUCAUCAAAUUCUGAAGGCAUGGAUAUGUUGGAAUAUCCAUUUCUAACUAUGACCAAAUAUCCACCUGGUCUUAUAUUACAUAUUGGAGCAACUGUGGCGGCUAGAUCGGUAAAGCUAUUGGAAAGAGUACCCAAUCCAGAUGAGCCAGAAAUCCGUGAUUCCUGGUGGACAGAAUUGCGCAUGGAGAUUAGAUCACAUGCCAGAUCUUUAGGUUGUAAUGUGGUGCUAGGUUAUUCCGAGUUAACCACUAUAUCCGAUGAUGUUUGUGUUCUCUCGGCCACUGGCACUGCGGCCAUUAUAAAUAUGGGCUAUAAUCGUUCCAUAUCCCAAAAUGAUAUUUUCAAUAUAACAAAAACUGCUGGUGGCAGUGGCAUGUCAGUAUCUCUAGAAGAGAGAAAUGUUAUUAACAGUGAUCCUAACUCUAAGGAUAUGGGUAGUGGUAUAUCCAAUGGUUCUGUAGGUAAACGUUAUGGACUUCCUGGUCUGCUAAAUGUGUCAAAAACUUCCUGUACCGUGUGUCAUGUACCCUAUAAUGUCACCUCGGUGCCAUUCAAUGUUAAAAUGAAAAAAUGUGCAAUAUGCUUAAAGGGUCGUGUGCCAGAUGUACUACUGGCCACUUUAGAAGUACCCGAGUCAAUACAAGUAACAGGACGUGGUUGUUUUCUGCAGGCUCAAGUAGUUAGAGCCAAAAAAGAUUUACGCUCCGAACUCAAUGCUAAAGAAAUUUCCGAUGGUCUACCCUUUCUGGAAUACGAACUGCAUCGUGUGCUUAUUAAUAAACUUAAAGCCAAGGGCAUGAAUGCUAUAUUUGGCUUGAAAGUACAAGUUUCUAUAGGUGAACGUAUGAUUGCCUUGGUAGCCACUGGCACUGCUCUCUUCAUCACAGCAUUACCCGUACCACAAGUACCUAAAAUAGUUGCUGGCAACUCUUGGACUGAUAAGCAAAAACUAAAUGAAUUACAAAAGAAACUGCAGGAGACAUUUGAACGUUAUCAGGAAAUCUAUCAAUUGAAAUCCAUAGAUCAGGAUAUGUUAGAUAAAAGUUCCGAUACUGACGACUCCGAUGAAGAAGGUGUCGAUGUAGAUUUGAAUUGCGGCAAUAAGGAUACUUGUGUUUUGGAAGUUGAUGAUAUCGAAGAUUUAGAAAUUAUAUCACUGCUAAUGGAAUCGCAACCACCAGAAGGUUUUCAUGUCGUUAGUACUCAAAAAGUACCGGGCAUGAUGGAUAUGGAGGCGGUUAAGAAUUUGCAAAUGUUUACUCAGGUGUGGAGGGCAAAAACCGAUACGGGACAAACUGUUACUGGUUUUCCCAAGCAUUUUCAAAGAUUGAUGCAGAUUAUUUAUUUCAAAUUGCGCACUAUGAUACCAUGCGCCAUUUGUGAUUUAAAAUUUAAAUUGGACUUCCCAGAAAGUGAUCAAAUUCAAAUUUUAGUAACCGGCAUGGCUUUGGGUCUAGGCGAUCCCAAUAAAUUGAAAAACAAACGUAAAAAUAUAAGCAAUGGCCAAUCGGAUAGUAAUAACUCUAUGAGUCAUACCUAUUCGGCCGGUGAGAUUAAUAAUAAAAAAUUGCAACAGCUGCAACAAGAGGAAGAUUAUAUUUUCCCACUGGAUGAAGAUCAUAUGGUGGAGACACCAACACCAGCCACCAAUAUACCGCUGUUUGGAGCACAAUUAUUCAAAAAUCGUAAAUCAUCACCCAUACAAUUGUCUUCAGCACCCGGAUCAAUGCGUCAAAGACAUAAUCGUGUAUACGAAAGGAAUGGUGUGGAUAUAACGCCUUUGAGUUUUAUACCGGGAGGCAAAAUUGAAAAGUAUUUGGGUAAUUUAAAUUUCUUCUUUAUAAGAGAGAGCACAUCUAUAAGGGAAAAUGGUGGCAUAAGUGGAUUUGUCCAUGGCUUUAUCACAGAGCUUUUGGCUGUUGUCAGAGCUCAUAUAUCGGCCUUGGGCGGCAAUGCCAUGGUGUCCUUUUACUUAACUGAAUUAAUAUUAUUCGAUAAUCAACAUAAAAAUCAAGGUCAAUGUCUUAUAAGUAUUGGUGGCGAUGCGGUUUAUGUUUCAUAUCAUCAAGAUGACUAAUAUGUUUGCUGCUACAAUAAAGAGAAUUAAAAAUAGUUCUAAAAGCAACCUAAUCACAAAUUUAACUUAAAGUUGUUUACUAAACAAUCUUAAAUUGCAAUAAUUUAGCCAAUUUAUUUCCUAAAAAAGCAAUUACUAAAAAAAACUAAUAUAACUACUCCUACCACUACUGUUGCUCUCUAUUUUAUUUAUUUUAUUUGUUUUUACUAUUUCUUUUAUUUAUUUUAACAAAUUGUUUAAAGAUUUUAUUAUUUGUUAAUUAAUCUUUGGACUAUAUAAAAAUUUGCCAAUUGUAUUUAAAUUUUUACUAAAUUCAGUUUUAGCUUAGUUUCAAUUCAAUUUUAAUAAUGCAAUAAUUUCAACUGUGACUAUACAUAGAAUGUACUUAAACUUGUAUUAAAAUUAAGGUUGAAAUCUAAGCAUAAAAACUUAACAACAAGUUUUUUGAAAUGUAUUUUUGUAAAAAGUGCAUAUAUGUAACUUUAAAUGAAAUUGUGAGAAAAAAGUAAAUAAAUUUUAAUUAAAUUAAAACAAAAAAUAAUAAAUCAAAACAAUUUUCAAG